GGGGAGGAGCAGCCCGAGCAGUCAAAAAGGAGUAAAAGUGUUUCGAGUGUGUAUGUGCAUAUAUAUUUAUAUAUCCACACCUUUUGUAGCUGUGCGAACACUCGGCACUUUUCACCCUCCUCGCUUCCCAAAUGUUGCUCAGUCUCCGGUGCACUGUGGCAGACUGGAACAAGACGGGGAAGAAGAAGAAAAGAACAACCUGAGCGCUCGCUGACAAUCGGAGAGGGACUUUGGACUUUUUUUACGCACUGCGCAGCAUGCAGGCGCGCUACUCCGUGUCCAGCCCGAACUCUUUAGGGGUUGUGCCGUACAUCGGCAGCGAACAGAGUUACUACCGCGCAGCCGGUGGUUACGCCGGGAUGCCUGCGCCUAUGAGCAUGUAUUCCCACGCAGCCCACGACCAGUACCAGGCAGGUAUGGCCCGUGCGUAUAACCUUCAGCACCAACCUAAAGACAUGGUGAAACCACCGUACAGUUACAUCGCUCUCAUCACCAUGGCGAUCCAAAAUUCACCGGAGAAGAAGAUUACACUGAAUGGGAUUUAUCAGUUCAUCAUGGAGAGGUUCCCUUUCUACCGGGAUAACAAGCAGGGCUGGCAGAACAGCAUCCGGCACAAUCUGUCUCUUAAUGAGUGUUUCGUCAAAGUGCCCCGAGAUGACAAGAAGCCCGGAAAGGGUAGUUACUGGACCUUGGAUCCGGACUCUUACAACAUGUUCGAGAACGGCAGCUUUCUAAGGCGCAGGAGGAGGUUCAAGAAGAAAGACGUGCAGAAGGACAAGGAGGAACGGAGCAAAGAACUCCAAGGAGGCCGCACCCCGGCUCAGGAACAAGAGCCUGUGAAGCCUGUGCUCAUCCAGGAUAUAAAGACUGAGAACGGGAUCUCCUCGCCGCCUCAAUCCACCUCACCGGCUCUGAACGCCGUUCCUAAAAUCGAAAGCCCCGACUGCAGCAGCGUAUCGAGUGGCAGCCCGCACAGCGUGACGUCCAGUCGGCCACUAAGCAUGGAAGGGUCCGGCCAGCACCACCACAGCCAGGCCUCUGCGCAGUGCUUCAGCGUGGACAACAUCAUGACGUCCCUGCGGGGGUCUCCUCAGGGGGAGCUCUCCCCGUCUCUCAUCACCUCCUCUAGGACAGGUACGACCACCUCCCUGGCGCUUAACUACUCCCCGAACCAGACUUGCUCCUACACGUCCACCACCUGCAACCAGAACUCCACGAACUCCACCUAUCACUGCAACAUGCAGGCCAUGAGCUUCUACACCGGGGACAGAACCUCCAGCACCGUGGACGAGGCCUUGCCCGACUAUUGCAUCACCACCACGACCACCGGGUCCCCGUUUGGCCACGGAAACCGGAGCCCAGCGGGCCAAGAGGGCCACCAUCCCCACCAGGGCAGGCUCGCCUCCUGGUACGGAGACUUGAGCCACUUGAGCGCGGCAUACCCGUCCCAGCAGCAGAACAUUCACUCUGUGAGGGAGAUGUUCGAGUCCCAGAGGAUCGGGCUGAACAGCUCCCCGGUCAGUGGGAGUAAUAGUUGUCAGAUGGCCUUCCCGUCCACUCAGUCCAUCUACCGCACCUCAGGAGCUUUUGUUUAUGACUGCAGCAAGUUCUGAGACCCACGGCAUCUUUUUAAAAUAAUAACUUUAAUAUAUAUCCUUGCGUUAUUUGGUUUUGAAUAUUUUCAAUGCACAAUCUUAAUGGACAUUAUGCUGUUUGGUCCAGAAGUGUGUAACACCAAAAUACGUAAGUUCAUCCUCUUUUUAAAAGACGGCUUGCUGACAAGAUACUUUAAAUUAUCCUAAUUUACUAAUUUAUUUUUACAGGAGUGAUUAAAAAAAAUCCAUAUUCCAUAUACUACCUUAAAAAAGCCCCCAAUGUUGUGGCCUGUGCUGUUUAUUUUAUUCAUCAUAUCUCAUGAAUCAAAACAUGUUUGUAAUAAUAAAGUGCCAUGCUUUUAAUUGGAGUGAUUUAUAAGUCCAUAGAUAAAUACUACAGGAUGGAAGCAGUGUUAUUAUAAAUUAAAUUCUAAGUAAAAGUCUACCACAAUGGGGCCUUUCAUGACUAUACACAAGGAGUGGUUUAUACUUGCAUGAAAAAGAAAAAUGCUGUAUUUCAGGCUCGCAAUUAAAUGUGUGUAUUAAGAAAUGACAUACCAAAAAAACAUUUGAGACCAUUAGCUGCGGUUCUCCCCUGACAUAUGAUAAAAUGUAAUUCGAUUUCAUUUAGGCAAUACGCGUCUAGAGUAAAUGUAAAUAAACACACGUGUGGCAGUGCGCUGUGGAGCCACUAAAAGGCCUUGUCAGCAAAACAAAUCAGUCAUUGCGAACCCGUUCAGGCUUCCACUGACCACAGCAGGAAUGGGAUGCAAAGUAACGGAGCGUGGACACAUUGAAUGCAUCAUAUGGACUAUACAAGACUGAAUUAAUUGCAGAAUUUAAAAAAACGUCCCUUGUAUAUUUAGAUAACGCUGACGCCAGCCUCGUUCACAGAUAUAAUAGUAAAAAUUAAGUAAAUUCAUCAUAUUAAUCAACAUACAGUAAGGUACACUUUUCUUGGACAAAUUUGUACCAAAUCUAAUAUCAUGUAAACUCUUAUCGAUCAUGUAAGCAUUUAAUAAGCAUGGCCUUUUUUGUCUGAACUGAACUCCUGAAAUGAAAUAACGUUUGGUCGUUACGUAUAAGUGUAUGUUAAAUUAUUAUAUUCUAAAAAAAGAAUGUUUUGUACAACGAAUAAAUAAUAGCGAUAGUAAUACAUGCCCGUGCACGUGCAAAGCUUAGAAAAAAAAGAAAGUAACACAUGGUUAUUUUAUGAGUUGUCAAAUCCUUUUUAAAGAGUAAAAAAACAGCACUUAUGUUUAAGUGAUUGAUUUAUGCGACGUAUGAGGCGUUUAUUGUUUUGUUGAAAUAUAGCCUGGCUAUAAUACGCAUAGCAUAUAUAUUAGCCACAUACGGAUGACUGCAGCUGUUUUCACCGUAUAAACAUAUCGCAAUAUUAUUUUCACAUGUAUUGAUAUCAGUGUCAUACAACACCUCAUUUGAUAGAAAAUGUAAUAGAAACUCCCAAAACACAUUUUAUGGCAACUUUCAAAUGCACAUGCGAUUUAUCUUCAACGUUUCCUGUCUGAGGUGUGUUUUCAACUCAACUCACUUUUGUGUCCCAGCGGGGCAAAGUUAAAUGCUGCCCUACAUCAGUGGUUCCCAAACUUUUUAAUCAUUCAGAUAUGGACCCCUUACUCCCUCACACUUAAAAACACAAUUUUUAAUCUUAAUUUCAAAUAUUUAACAUAAUUGGUCAAUUUAUUUAAUAGUAAUUUCAGGUUAAAUGUGUAUUUUGCAUGGUCAUAUUUUGAUAGUUUCACAUGAGCACUGAUAAGUAAUCAUCCUACAUAUUUUUUUAAAAUUCCAGUCUAAUGUUGGCAUCCUUCCGUUUGAAUGGUUUGAAUUUGAGCUUCACUUUUUGGUCCACACAUGAUGGUUACAGUAAAGUAAAAAAAAAACAAAAAAAAACGUUUUCACUGCUGCAAUGUGCAGGAACUGGAACACCAAUAUAAAUUAAAUCUCAAGAUGAAACAUUAUUAAUGUAUAAAGCUUAUUUUUUGUUCAUAGAGCAAUGAACAACUUCAUGGUCUCUCACCUUUCUGCUUCAUUGAUGCACUGUGGUGUGUUCAGGCACAUUCGUAAUUGUGUUACGAGCCAUUUGUUUUUCAUUUUUAUUCAAAAUACCCCCCAUGACCACUGGAGUACCCAUUCAGGUACGCAUACCAAACUUUGGAAACCGAGGCUCUACAUCAUGGGUGUCCAAAGUGCGUCACGGGAGGUAUUUUUGUCCCACAGCUGUAUUUUUAUUACCCCCUCAUGGAUAUUCUAUACAUAAAAUGAAGGAGGAUUCGGGGCCACAUUGAAAAGAAAUGUUUGAACACGAUAUUACAUCAACAAUGACAAUUAUUGAAAUAUAUUUAGCAGGUUACAGCAUCUUUACCUUACACUAUUGAGGAGUUGUAGUGUUUAUUAAAAGAUAAAGUAAAUCCAUGGUGGAAAAACAUCAAAGCCGCCCCACAUUCUUCAAUGUUUGUGUAUGCGACCCUCGGCGGAAAAUGUUUGGGCGCUGCUGCAGCUGCAGUUUUGUUAAAGACUUCAAUCAAGUUCAACCUGCAGAUGGACUCAUUAUCACACACACACAAGUUGCAUUUGAGCUGCUCACCGGAAUGACAAAUAUGCAAUUUAUUGUCUUAAUUGAGGUCAAACUAUAAAAUAAUUUAAUAUUUUUUAUCUGGGUUUUUGUGGAUCAUUAGCUGUAUGUAUAAUUUCUGCAAGGGAACAGAAAUAUAGUCAUACACCCAGUUUUAAUAAUUCAAGUUAGUUGCAAUAUUUUUGCAUUUUCUCAAAAUGUACUCAUUUCUUCAUCAAAUGUGAGACCACCUCUUGAGUUCAAAUUGAGCGUUAGAGCUGCAUAAUCACCCUCAGUGUUUAUUUAGCUCUCAGGGAGCUUUUGGAUAUCUGUUUUCCAGAUUUUGAUCCACUUCACUUUGUUUUCUCGCCAACAAAACAAACGUGAUCAUAGACUUUGUGUUCUAGCGUUGUGGAGGGCAGACGUACAGCACCUGUACGCAGGGGACCAAAUAAAGUCAUAGCGCAUCUGGUUCUCAUUGGCUGUCUCUACUGACUCGGCAUGUCCAGCGGCAACACACACAUACACACACACACACACACACACACACACACACACACACACACACACACACACACACACUCACUAAAAGCCGUUGCUGCAUCUUGACUGUUUUUAAUCAAACAAUCAAUGAGGAUGAAUGAGUAUUCUUUUCAGGUUUCUUCUGUAAGAGCAUUCUUAGAUUUCAUUGUGUCUUUGUGCAAGAACAUUGACAAGUUCCAUAAUCUGCAUUCACUUUCUCGCUGUAAAUUAUUAUAACAAAAUAUUACCUUCAAACAUUGAUUCCCGUUCCCCAGAGAUUGAUUCUCAAUUGGAUAUCUCUUCAUAAGCUCUGGAACUUAAAUAGAACAAAAUGCCAUAAUUAAUAUACUUAAAAAAAAAACAACACCAAGUUGUACACCAUAACUUCAAGGGGAAAA